AUGAAGUCCCUGCUCUUCAGCCGCUUCCUGCUGCUGCUGCCCUGGGGGCUCAUCGUCAUCCUCCUGCUGGACACGGACAGCAGCCGGGCGCCGCUCGCGCCCCCCGCCCGGCCCCCGCAGCAGGCGGCUCCCAGGCGGCCGGCGCUGCCCCCCAUCUAUGCCAUCACCCCCACCUACAGCCGCCCGGUGCAGAAAGCCGAGCUCACCCGCCUGGCCAACACCUUCCGCCAGGUGGCGCGGCUGCACUGGGUCCUGGUGGAGGACGCGGCCCGGCGCAGCGAGCUGGUGAGCCGCUUCGUGGCACGGGCCGGCCUGCCCUGCACCCACCUGCACGUCCCCACCCCGCGCAGGUACAAGCGGCCCGGCCUGCCCCGCGCCACCGAGCAGCGCAACGCCGGCCUGGCCUGGCUCCGGCAGCGACACCAGCACCUGCCGCCGCCGCAGCCCGGGGUGCUCUUCUUCGCCGACGACGACAACACCUACAGCCUGGAGCUCUUCGAGGAGAUGCGUACAACCCGCAAAGUAUCUGUGUGGCCUGUGGGGCUAGUGGGAGGUCGACGGUAUGAGCGCCCUGUAGUGGAAAAUGGCAAAGUUGUUGGCUGGUAUACUGGCUGGAGAGCAGACCGUCCAUUUGCCAUUGAUAUGGCAGGAUUUGCUGUGAGCCUUCAGGUGAUUCUGUCAAACCCUAAAGCUGUAUUCAAACGCCGUGGGUCUCAACCAGGAAUGCAAGAAUCUGAUUUUCUGAAACAGAUAACAACCGUGGAGGAGUUGGAACCAAAAGCAAACAAUUGCACAAAGGUUCUUGUAUGGCACACUCGAACAGAAAAGGUAAAUCUAGGUAAUGAGCCAAAAUACCACCUAGACACAGUUAAAAUUGAGGUAUGA